AUGUCAAUGAACGUGGUCCAAAUUACGAUAGUUUUAGUUACCGUAUGUGCGUUUACGCAGAGUUUGCUGCUGGUGGAAAAGGACGUUUCGGAUAGAAGACUGCAGGUGAGGAUCGAGAGCGGGGUGUUGCAGGGCGCGAGGGGAAGAACCGUCGACCGUAACGUGACGUACUACAAGUUCUUGGGAAUCCCCUACGCCGAACCACCUGUGGGACCGCUCAGAUGGAAGCCGCCGGUGAAGUUCGGCAAGUGGAGCGGAAUCCUGAACGCCACCGUCGAACCGCCGAUGUGUAUACAACUUUCGACGGAUAUUGGACUCGAGGAUUGCCUCUUCAUCAACGUCUACACCCCGCAGAAUCUCAAUGAGAGUAGAUUAGUUCCAGUUCUGGUGUAUAUUUAUGGAGGUCGUUUUGUGAAUGGAGUUGCCAAUUAUACAGUUUACGGUCCGGAUUAUCUGCUCAGCCAGAGAAUCGCGUUCGUCAGCUUCAAUUAUCGCAUGGGGGUGUUUGGAUUCCUGAGCACGCAGGAUGCCGAGAUGCCUGGGAACUACGGUCUCAAGGAUCAGGUGGAAGUGCUGCGUUGGGUGAACAAUAACAUCCAUCAUUUUGGAGGUGAUCCCAACAACGUGACGAUCUUCGGGGAUAGUGCCGGAGCCGCCUCCGUCGGUUACCACCUGCUGAUCCCUCAAUCCAGAGGGUUAUUCCAUCGGGCGAUUUCUGCGAGCGGAAGCGCCCUCUGUCCAUGGGCUUUUCAACGGGAACCGAAGAGGAUUGCCAUGCUUCUGGGAUUGGCGUGCGGAAUAUUCGAAUCGAAUAUGACCGUCUUCGUGGAGAGGAUGAGGCAGGAGGAUGCGAAGAAACUGAGAUCGCGAUCGAUACCAAUCCAUCUUGGGACGGCCAUGGAACCUCUGAACGGGCUGCCCUUCGCCCCCUGCGUCGAACCCAAACUCGAGGAGGCCGUCCUCACAAACAGAAGCAAUGACCUUUUCGCCGCCGGCAAAUUCAAUAUCGUCCCUUACAUGAUUGGCUUCACAUCGCAGGAGGCGGCCAUCGUACAAGACGUCAUCGAAUUGUCCAGACCGUAUAUUGCCCAUUGGGAUUUGAUGCCUCAGCUCAUAGUUCCAGUAAACUUGAACUGCACGACGAAGGUGAAACGCAAGGAAGUGGCUAUGAAGAUCAAGAAUUAUUACUUCGGUCGAAAGUACAUUUCGAUGUCGACGAAGACGGAGAUGAUGAAUUUUAUCGGCGAUUCGCAGUUCGUAAGGGCGAUCAGACACAACGUGCAGAUCUGCGCCGCCUUCACUGACGUCUACCUCUACGUCUUCUCUUACGAGGGAUACCUGGGUCGAUUCGGUACAAAGCACGAAACACUCAGGAAAGUCAAAGGAGCUGGACACGUCGAGGAUCUAUUCUACAUAUUCAGGACUGCAAAUCUUGCGACAACGAAUAGAACCGAGUUGGAAGUGAUUAACACCAUGACGCACCUCUGGGCUAACUUCAUUAAAGUUGG